CUUCAUAGUCAUAUACACAGACACAUGCUGAGCUGAAGUGAGCCACAGCAAUGGACUGCACUGGAAGAUCUGAAAUCUGAUCACACACAAUCUCUCUCCCUCUUAUCUCUGUUACAUACCUCUGCCUAUCUGUAUAGGCAGGCAGAGAGGGGGAAAGGAACAGUAUCAGCCACACCAUCACCCCCAACAGAACACCUUAUCUCUUAUUGCUGGAUAUACACAGGCACACAUACACAGAGACAGACUCACAGACGUCUCUUUCUCUUCUCCUGGCUUCCCUGGAAGAUUUUGCUGGCUGUUUUUCAUGGAGAAAGUCCAAGGAGAAAUGGAGAUUGAGAGAUGGGAAAGAAGCGAAGAGAUGUCAGAUGCAGAGAAAAAGGUGAUUCAGGAGACAUGGAGCAGAGUGUAUGCGAACUGCGAGGACGUUGGGGUCUCCAUACUGAUCAGGUUUUUUGUCAACUUCCCAUCUGCCAAGCAGUACUUCAGCCAAUUCAAACACAUGGAAGAUCCGCUAGAGAUGGAGAGGAGUUUGCAGCUGCGUAAACAUGCCAGACGGGUCAUGGGGGCUAUUAACAGUGUGGUGGAGAACAUCUUCGAUCCAGAGAAGGUCUCCUCUGUACUGGCCUUGGUGGGCAAGGCACAUGCUGUCAAGCACAAAGUGGAACCAGUCUACUUUAAGAUUCUCACUGGUGUACUGCUGGAAGUGCUUGAAGAAGAGUACCCCAAUGAGUUCACUCCAGAGGUGCAGAGAGCUUGGGCCAAGAUGAAAAGCCUCAUCUGCACUCAUGUGACUGCUGCGUACAAGGAGGUGGGCUGGGUGCAGUAUCCGAACUCUACGAUGAACCCCCAGGUGGCGGCGGCUGUGGCGGCGGCGGCAGGAGCAGCGGCAAAGUGACAGAACCCCUCCCACGGACCUGAAAAGCUGUUUCUCAGUGAGGAAUAAACUGGCACCAGAUCAUAACACCCAAGAGAACUACAUCUGUCUCCUUUAAUUAUUCUGUGUACAUAUUAGUGAGUGGAUGUGCUUUAUGAUUUCUAUAGCUCAGGCCAGCAAAGCUAUAGGAACACCAGAUGUGCACAAGCACUCUCCCCAAAGUAUAGACAGGCAAAAUUUAAAUCAUGUACACUGUGACG